CUGAGACUCGACGCGGACCUUGUUGGUGUUGGUGACGCAUAUUCGAACGACGACCUAAACAUCGUCAUGACCUCUCUCUUGUCAUUCCGUCUUCAACUCAACCACCUCCAUAGCAACAAUUAGAUACGACUUGUCAUCAUGGCUACCACGAUCAAGAACGAGGCUUCCGGGCACCAUGUCGUCGAUACGGCUCACGAGGAUAUGAUCCACGACGCCCAGCUAGACUAUUAUGGAAAACGUCUGGCCACGUGUUCAAGCGAUAGGACGAUCAGGAUCUUUGAUGUGGUCGAUGGGAAACCUAAGGGGGAGGGGGUUGUACUUAAAGGCCACACCGCCCCCAUCUGGCAAAUAUCCUGGGCCCACCCGUCCUUCGGCUCCAUCCUCGCGUCGUGUUCAUACGAUUCCAGGGUCUUUGUUUGGAAAGAGACUUCUUCUUCCACCACCACCACCACCACUACCAACAACAGGGGAUUGGGAGGAGGGAUCGGCAUGGGGAAGGGAGCAGCUGGUGGGGCGGGGGAGUGGGAGAAGAUUAAAGAGGUUGGGGCGCAUAGCGCUAGUGUCAACUCGAUCUCCUGGGCUCCGUAUGAACUCGGUCCGAUCCUCGCUUGCGCGUCUAGUGACGGAAAGAUCUCGGUGUUGAAGUUCAACAACGACGGAUCGUCCGAUAUCGAUACCUUCCCCGCCCAUGCGAUCGGGGUCAACGCGAUCUCUUGGUCGCCCGCCAUGUCCCCAGGAAGCCUGACCUCGGGUCCUCAACAACAACAACAGCAGCAGCAGCAACCGGGGCAACAGCAGCAACAACAACAAGGCGGAGCUGGGUCUGGAGAGGCGGGGUAUCAGAAGAAGUUCGCUAGUGCGGGUUGUGAUGGGGUCGUCAGGAUCUGGAACUACAAGGACCUGAAUGGAAGCCCGGAGAUCGAGACGACCUUGAACGCGCAUAGCGAUUGGGUGAGGGACGUCGCUUGGGCGCCUAAUAUCGGGUUGCCCGGUGAAUAUAUCGCUACGUGUGGGCAGGACCGAACCGUCCAGAUCCACUUCCGCCCUUCCCCCACCUCGGCCUGGACGUCGACCAAGCUACUCCCUCACGGGUCGGACAACCCGGACCCGCUCUUCCCCGAUGCCGUAUGGAGGGUCUCGUGGAGUCUCGCUGGAAACGUCUUGGCCGUCGCCUGUGCGGACGGCAAGGUCACCCUGUGGAAGGAAGUCAUCGGUGGCAAGGGAUGGGAGUGCGUCAAUGAGAUGAGCGGGUAGAGAGAGGACGGGGCGAGAGACAAGGGGUCGAUGGGUCGUGAUUGUAUUUAACGGGGAAACGCCUUUUGACGAUAUAUGAACAUGGCUGUGAGCGGAUCGACCAGCGCGAUGGUGACGAGAAUGAGUGCGAUGGGCGGGAUCAUGCGCUGGCCAUAUCCGUUAAUCGACCGGCGGACAGCGAACAAGCCAAUUGACCUUGUG